CCAUGCACCGUGAAGCUCUCUGGCAACCCUCCUUCGACUACCAUGUCGCCUAGCCGAGAUAUUCUCUUGCCACCGCUACUGCCCGUCACUGCAGAUGAUCAUGGUGCUUGGGUGAUAGUAGUGAGCACGAUCUUACUUAUAAUUACCAUUCUGGCAACAACUGUGACUUUGAUAUCUCGCAUCCGCGUUUUGCGCAAGCUUUCCUGGAGUGAUUCAGUCCUGUUUCUGAGCUGCUUCAUCUUCAUUCCUCAAACCGUGUGUAUCAAUAUAGCCAGCUCCCAUGGAAUCGGGAAACACCGCCAUGCAUUGAGUGAUGCCUCUUUCGAGACCAUUUUCGCCAGUCAACUUCUCGCCGUUCUCGUUUUGGGUUGUUCCAAAGCCGCCGUCGUUCUCCUGGUUCUUUCCUUGCAACCUUUCGAGAAAAUUACACUUGCAUGCCGAACUAUUUUGGGCAUGGUUGUUGCUUGGAUCUUGGCUUCGCUCGUUGCUCUCGGGACACAGUGCAACCAUCCUCAGCCAUGGCUCUCCAGCCCUGAUAGAUGCGUGGAUCAACAUGCACUGUAUAUAAGUCUGGGAGCUGUGCAUAUGCUCCUAGACAUGAGUAUCAUCGCAUUGCCGAUGACUCUCCUUCACCAAGUCCAGAUCAUUCAGUGGAAGCGCCAUCAGAUCUCGGCUCUUUUCGCAAUGCGCAUUUUAGUCAUGGCUCUUACUAUCGCUGGACUACGAUCCCUGCCCCCGAUCUUCGAAUCAAGACCCCCCGACCGACCAUGGUAUACGGUGAUGCCAGCAAUUUGGCUCCAGUUGAUACUCAGCUCGUCGAUCCUCUGCACCUGCAUUCCCACAUUGAAACGCGUACUCGCCGAUCUGCAAACAGGAAUGAUGGCAGGCACAGUGUCCGAUUUCUUCGAACAGUCAGUUUCCGGUCAUACCAAUACAGGAUCCCAGUCGGGAUCAAAAUCUGGCAGUGGUAUUGGGCAGAGAUCUCCAUCAACUUCCACGCCCCACUCGCGACCCCGGAGGGAUUCCAUUGGCGUGGAGCGUAUGAACAGCCAGACGAUCUUGCGAGACCAUGCGAUUGUGCAGACUACCGACUAUGAGGUUCGGUAUGAAGGGAGACCAGUCAGGGUUUCGUCUUCGAGUCAGUAUGAAAGUGAUGCUUUGAGUAUCCACAUGGUGGAUCCAACAGGCACGCGCGGAGGAAGUGAUGGAUGGCACUAG